AUGACUUCAAAAACUAAGUAUAGACAAUGUGAGGUUGACUGGAUCUUCAGGGACUUCUGGUUUGUGGGUGUGUUGAAAUCUAUCCUGCCUUACAAGAAAGUAAGGGGAAAAGAGGUUGAUUGCUCUAGAUACCCCAGCACCAGCAAGGGUAUAAUAUGCCCUGAUUCCUUCAAACCAAUCUGUGGUACUGAUAAGAAAACUUAUGCGAAUGAAUGUGCACUCUGUGCUACUAAUGCAGAAAAAGGGCUGAACAUUAAGAAACUGCAUAAUGGGGAAUGUAUUGAGUGCCCAACAGAAGAACAAACUGCCUGUACCAUGGAAUAUAUGCCCCACUGUGGAUCUGAUAACCGUACUUAUGCAAACAAAUGUGCCUUCUGCAAUGCUGUUGUGAGGAGCCAUAAUUCUCUGACCUUAAAGCAUAUUGGCAAAUGCUGA